AUGGCAAACAUGUCGUCGUACAUUUCAUGGUUUUUAUUGUUAACUCAAUUUCUAAUUCUGGUCGCAACAAUUGUUGAAGCAAAAAUUCCGGCUGUUAUCGUUUUUGGCGACUCUUCUGUUGAUUCUGGGAAUAACAAUUUCAUUCCGACGGUUGCUAGGAGCAACUUUGAGCCAUAUGGUCGUGACUUUACUGGAGGUCGUCCUACCGGGAGGUUCUCAAAUGGUCGAAUCGCUACUGAUUUUAUCUCUCAGGCUUUAGGGCUCAAGUCAGCAGUUCCACCCUACUUGGAUCCGGCAUAUAACAUAUCAGAUUUUGCUGUUGGAGUUACCUUUGCUUCUGCUGCAACUGGCUAUGACAACGACACUUCUCGUGUGCUAUCUGUGAUACCACUGUGGGAGCAAUUGUUGUUCUACAAGGGCUAUCAGAAGAAACUGAGAGCCUAUCUUGGAGAAAGUCAAGCUAAUCAAACUAUAAGUGAGGCUCUACACAUGAUAAGCUUAGGAACAAAUGAUUUCCUGGAGAACUACUAUGCCUUUCCCCCCGCCGAUCAGCCCAGAAUUGCCGAAAGUUUUGUCAAGGAACUCUAUGGUCUAGGUGCUCGGAAAAUAUCCCUCGGAGGGCUCCCUCCGAUGGGUUGCAUGCCAUUGGAGAGAAACACGAAUUUGAUGGGUGGGCGCGAUUGUGUGCAGAAUUAUAACACUGUGGCUUUGGAGUUCAAUGACAAGUUAAACAAGUUGGUGAUGAAACUGAACAAGGAACUUCCUGGGAUCAACUUGGUGUUUUCAAAUCCGUAUUUCAUUUUCAUGCAAAUCAUAAGAAGACCCUCACUAUAUGGUUUUGAGUCUACCUCCGUGGCAUGUUGUGCAACCGGGAUGUAUGAGAUGGGUUAUGCAUGCGCUCAAAAUGGUCUAAUGACGUGCACAGACGCCAGUAAAUAUGUUUUCUGGGAUGCUUUCCAUCCUACCCAGAAAACAAAUCAGAUCAUUGCAAAUUACGUGGUGAAGCAUGUGCUAUACAAGUUUAUUUAA